AUGGAUUUGAGUGGGCAAAAUUACUAUCCUGAUGAGGAUGAAGUCAUUGAAUAUGUUCCAAAGCUAAGUAAGCUCUAAGAAGAGUAUAUGGAAAAAGCAAAGAUUAGACAAAAAGAGGGUAUUGUAAAACCAUAGGUGGUUGCUGGAAGAGAAUUUAAAGGAACUGCUUUCAUCUCAAAGCCAGAUAAAAUUAUCUUUAAAGACUUCUUUUAAAUUCAAUACACACCAACAGGAAGAAUGUCAGCAGGUCUCUCAACUACUAUAACAAUUACAUUUACACCCUAGCUAAAUCAAGAUAUUUUUGGAGUUUUCCCAAUCUUAUCAGAGACUGGUUAAAUUGAUAUUCCCUUAGAAUGCACCUGCAAAAAGGCUUUACUCUCAGUGGAAGAUCCUUUGAUUGACUUUGGUCCUGUUAUCUAUGGAGAAUAAUGCACAAAAACUCUUAAAAUUAAGAAUGAUGGUGCACUACCUACUAAGAUUUACAUAAAAACGAAUGAUGGUCAGUCAAUACCAUUCGUGAAUUAAGAUGAAUUGAAUAAGAAACUUGAAGAGCAAAACUAAAUUCUCCAAGAAUAAGAGUAAGCAGCUAAUUAAGAUCUUCUCGAAGAUCCAUCCCAAGAAUAGAAUAAUGCAGAUGUUGCAGCUCAAGAUGAUAAUGUGUUCCAAGAAGAGGAAAAAGCUGAGAAAGUGAAAAAGGAAGAAAUCUAAAGUGAGCUCAAAGGAGAUCCUUUUGAACAGUUCCUAGCCCAAGUCUAAUUUAAAAGAACAUCAGAGAUUGAGGGUUACUCUAAUAUAAAGAUAACAUUUACUUUUGUUCCAUUAAAGCUUGGAAUGAUCAAUCAGGAUUUUACUAUUUUCUUUGAGAAUCAAGAUUAUACUAGGCCUAUCCCAUUUGCCAUUAAAGGAGAGUGCGUUGAUGUUCCUAUUUAUGUUGAAAGAAUUGAGUACAAUUUGAAUAUUUUGGUAUACGAGCAAUUUUACAGAGAAAAAAUUAUCCUUUUCAAUAGAAGUGCUUAACCCAUGAAAAUUUAACUUUACUUCCCUAAGUCAUUCAAGCCAUAUCUUGAGUUCAAUCCAACUCUUGGCUAUGUUUAAGGAAGAGGAUCAUUUGAAAUAUGGUUUAAAUUCAGGCCAGAUAGAAGUAUUUUAACUAGCUGUCAAAGGUAUCUCAUAAAGUAAGAUGAUGAGAGACCACCUAAAGAUGAAUAUGAAGAGUUCACAAUGAGAAUACCUAUCAAGGUAACUGGAGCUAAUUAGGUUUUGCCAGUUAAGUUUAGUAUCUUAUCAGUUUUCACUGUAAAUGCUGUCACAUUCAAUCCUCCAGCAGUUGAUUUCGGUAACGUAUUUCACAAGAGUGCUUCUAGAGUUUAAAUUGUAAUGGAAAAUCAUUCUUUGCUUCCACAGUAGUUCUCAUUUGUAAGACUACCAAGAGAAAUCUCAGUUGCAACUGACAAUGGAACUGGUUUCAUUUUGCCAUCUGAAAAGUAUAAUAUUCAAUUUGAGUAUAGACCAAGUUAACAAGCAUGCUUUGAAGAAUCUAAUAUAUUCUGCAGAUUUAUCACUGGAUCAAUUUGUGCAAGAGAAGUAAGAAUCAGUUAUACUGCUAAUGUAUCAAAAUGCCCUCUCUAGGCUGAUAAAUCUAAAAUAGAAUUCUAAGCUCUUCCUGAUAACGAAACAAAAGAGGUGGUCCUUGAAAUUAAGAACACAUCUCAAAAGAACUUGAUCAUGGAAGUUGUCCCUCCUAAUUUCUAAGUCUCAGGUUUACUCAUUAAUCCCCUAGUAGUUCCUCUCUAAGGUGGAAGAUCAACACUUCUUUCCAUUAAAUACAAUUCUAAGUUUAGAGAUUUCAGUGCUUAGGCACUUGAGGAUAUGAAUAAACCUAAAACUAUUGAUGGUUAAGAGAGUCUACCCAAAGGUUUAGUAGCAAGAAAUAGAAAAUUAGCUGAAAGACUUGAAAAGAAAAUGAAGGAAAAGGUUGAUACCUAAAUAAAUGAUCCAAAAAAGAAGGGCUAGCCUCCAGCUCCAGUAAAAAAAGAAGAGGCGAAAAAAGAUGCCAUUCCAAUUCCUAAAGGAAAAACAGCGCAACAAGUAUAAUAAGAAAUGGAAGCUGAAGAAGAAAGGAAAAGAAAGGAGCUAGAAGAAAUUGAGAGAUAGUUGAUGCUAGAAAAGGAGAGGAAUUUUGACAAAGAGGGUGAACUUAGAAAACUAGGAGGAAGAGUUUAUGAUUUCUUCCCAGAUGAUGAGAUAAAGAGAAGCUAGCACUAUGAUUGGCUUGUACCAAUAUAUUACAAAUAACCAGAGAAAGAUGAUAUGGAGGUUAAAGUUUUGUACCUUGAAGCAAGAACUUGCACCGUUAAGAGGACUUUAGUUCCAAAUAUUGAAACCAUGGAAUUCGGUGAAAUACCUGUAGCUUUCAGAAAAACUUAAGAAAUCCUUUUGAAAAAUGUGGGUUACCAUGAUGAAACCUUAAGAAUGGAACCUUUAACACCCUUUGGAGGAUUUUCUGUGUUAAACGCUUUAAGAACAGUAAAGCCAGGAGAAACAAAGGCCAUCGUUAUUUAGUUUGAACCAUUUAAUCAAUAAAUUUAUGAGGAAAAGCUGAUGAUCUACUCUAAUCACACUGUUGUAUCAGUGACUUUGAAGGGUACAGGAGUAAGGCCUGAAGUUUCCAUUUCCCUUGAUGAUGGAUUGAUGUCGUUUGGAAAUGUUAUAGUAAAUGAGAUGGUAGAGAAAGCUUUUAGUAUUAAGAAUGUGUCAUCAUUUCCAGUUAACUUUGAGCUGAUUUCAAAGGUUAGUGGAGUUGAGAAUAAAUCUCAUCUAAAACCAUUUACUUUGAUCCCUGCUUAAGGAACUAUCAAGCCAAACUCUGAUUAUCCUGUGAAAAUCUAAUUCUAGCCUGACCAUCCUAGCAACUACUAUUUCGAUGUACUUUUAGUCGAUAUACCAAAUUAAGUAUAAGCUAAGAAUGUUUUCUUAAGAGGAUGGUGCUAUAAUAGAUAGGCGUUUGUUAGAGAGCACGAGCCUUUUGAAUGGAAGCCAUUUGAUAAAUUGAAGAAAAGAUAUGAAGAUCCUCUUAAGAUUCUUAAUAACGCUCAACCUUCAAUAGGAACAAAGCCUAGAAUAACUUUGGAAUACUUGAGAGAUGAAGAUAUUGAUAGUCUUGGAACAGAUGCAUCAGCAUAUGAAAGAGAGAAAAAUAAGAUCAGAAAAAUUUUGAUUGGAAAUUGCAGGAUGAUGGAUAACAAAAUGGAAAAGAAUGCUGCAUUUGAAAUAACCCCUGCUAAAGAUGACAAGUUCUUUGAGUGUGAUAAUCUAAAGGGAAAUGUAAAUGGUGGAUAGGAAAUAGUUGUAAAGUUUACAUUUAAUCAUCCAAAGAGUGAUCCUAUGCUAAAAGGAAUAACUGCAUUAAGAGGAAUUGGUCAAUGGGUUGAAAGCUUAUGGGAAUUAAAAUUAAUUGGAGGUUAUGUAGAGCCAGGUCAACCAGAUACUAUUCUUGUAGAGAUCUUACUAAGAGCAUAUGUUGAGCAAAUUUGA